AUGAGUUCCAACACAAAUGAAAUCACUGUCACUCUUGGACAAAUCGCCAAGAUGAUCGACCACUCUCUUCUGCACCCCACCAUGACAGACGCCGACAUUCUUCAAGGCCUUGCGGUCGCCAAGAAGUACGGCGUCGCCACAGCUUGCGUCAAACCUUAUGCAAUUGCCAUGGCUAAGCAGGAACUUCAGGGCACUGAUGUCUUGAUCUGUCCCGUCAUUGGAUUUCCUCAUGGAAACAGCAGCACUGCCGUCAAGGUCUUCGAAGCUGACGUUGCUACUGCUGUUGGCGGUAAAGAGAUCGAUAUGGUCAUCAAUAUCGGCAAGGCACUCGGCGGUGACUGGAACUACGUCGCUGAUGAGAUUCGUCAAGUCAACAAUGUCGUUGUCAAGCGUGGGGCUAUUUUGAAAGUCAUUUUCGAAAAUGACUACCUGAAUGAGGAACACAUUGUACGCCUUUGCAAGAUCUGCUCGGAUAUUGAAGUGGCUUUCGUCAAGACUUCGACUGGCUACGGUUUCGUCAAGCAGGCAAAUGGCAUGUACAGUUACAAGGGUGCUACUAUUCCUCAUCUGAAACUCAUGGUAGAGGAAUCUGGCGAGAACGUCCAGGUCAAGGCUGCCGGAGGUGUCCGUACCCUUGACGAUUUGCUGCAUGCGUUUCAGCAACAUGAUGCUGUCUCACCAGAAGGUGUUGAAUUCUCGGCUCUAAGAUCGGAGACCUGGGCUCAAUCUAAAACCAAUGACACCAAUAAUACAAUUCAAAGACAUGUCGCUGAACGGCCUAGAGACAUAUAUCUACAACAAGGCGACAUCAAGUACAAGCCGUCCGCCGCCGAGAAGGAACUCAUGUCAUUAUUACCCGAACUAGGGCCUGCGACUCUCUUGGUCGAUAACUAUUUUGAUCGGAUCCACUGGUUCAUCCUAGUCUUUCACCAAGAUGAUUUUAGAAAAAGAUUCCAGGAUCUUUAUCAUUACACCGCUUUCUCUUCUGGUUCAAAUGCUCCAUCGAGAGGUAUAGGCUUUAUAGCUAUUCUCUUGGCUGUUUUCGCGACCAGCUUGCAUCACAUCGGUGCUCAAGAAAGCAAGCUAAAGUCUCACAAUGUUAAUCAAAAAGAACUGAAAGACAGGAUAUUAACCACCCUUAAAUUGAGAUUCUUGGAUGUUGUAUCAAGAGGUUCUCUUGAAGCGGUGCAAUUCUGCGUUUUGCUGGCAAGUUAUUACCUGUACCACGGCGAACCUGGUAUGGCUUGGCCACUAUCGGGUUCUGGAUUGCGAAUCGCUCAAGCACUCAACCUUCAUCGAAAAAUGACACCUGGAGAUCCUAGCGAUCAGGCUCUGAACCAGCAGAUACAAGACCGGAAACGGGCCUGGUGGGCUGUCUACGAGAUCGAUACUUUCUGCUCAAUGCUUUAUGGGUUUCCCCUGGGCUUUUCCGAUAGCGAUUGCAAUGUCGAGCCUCUGGAUCCGUAUGAUGAGUACUCUGGAUCAACUAAAGAGUCCCGCCAGACGAUGAUACCAUCGUUGUUGUUCUACAAGUGUGCAAUGUCAACGCUGUCGGCUAUUGUCAAGUCCGCAUUAGUUGAGCUGUAUGGUACUCGGCAUGGUGACCGAAAGAGAAAGGACAAUCUAAAAGGUCUUUUCGAUAAAGUUACGGUUUUGAAUGGGCGUCUCGAAGAGUGGUAUAGAAGCCUGGCCCCGAAGCUCAGCUUUGAUAGUCAUCACUCUCUUUUCGACGUUCAGGUUGCCCAGGACCGGGAAAGAACUGGACAAGAAUUUGAGAAUUAUCUGUUCCGCCUACAAGCGCUUUCUCUCAAGCUGGCUUACGAAAAUGCGAAAAUCUUAAUCCAUAGGCCUCUUCUAUCGUUCAAAAUGGCUAGCUCGACUUCAACAAACACUGUCACUUCGAAGACUGACCCAUUUCGGCUGGCGAUGCAACAGUGUAGGGAAGCUGCACUGCAGAUAUCAAAAGUCGCAUCCACCCCAUACCUCCUGGAAGCAUCUGAGACAUAUGCUAUAGCUGUUGUAUCACUGCACCUCUUGACGGCGGGCGUGACACUAUGUAUUUCGAUAACCCUUGAUCCUUUGACUUCCAACUCGGUCGAGGCAAGAUCUGGGAUACGGCAGCUAAUGCAAGUCCAGACCCUUCUCAAGGAUAAGUCAAUUGUUGCGGCACAGAGUCUGGACAUCACGAAAAGAUUGAUGGGUCUUGUGAGGGCAAAGGAAGGCGAUAAUAGGCCAGGGACUGAGCUUCUGACCAGUGCAUAUCCAGAACUCCCUCAGAGAAACCGAGGCGAAAAUCACACCAUAGAGCCCGGGGGAGAAUGUUCUGGACAAGCGCCGAUGCUAGAGAGAAACUUUGGCUUGAAUCCACCGCCUACGAUGAAUAAUGGUAGCAUAACUGAUACACUCAGCAUGAACUUUGGAGAUCAAGACAUGAACGUCUGCGCUGACACUUCAUUAAAUGACACCCUCUUGGAAUAUGAACAAGCGGCCAGUCUUCUUUUCACUGGGGAUAUCACAUAUGAUCCAGGUGAGUCAAUGCUGGAUAAUCCUUUUUUGGAACAGAACCAAGGCUGGAUAUGGAGUUGGAACUUUCUGGAAUAG